AUGACUGGUAAAUGUGUAGGCAUCGUUCGUGAGGUGUAUCACAAAUGGGAACGACGUGUGCCACUCACUCCUGUACACGUCCAGGACCUCUUGCAGCGUGGCGUUCAGGUGCUAGUCCAGCCGUCCACUUCGCGCGUCUUCUCUGAUGAACAAUAUGUUCGCGCCGGAGCGAUAUUGUCUGAAGAUCUUGCAGCAGCCAACGUCAUUGUAGGCGUCAAACAGGUACCGGAGCCAGCACUGCUGGCAGACAAGACGUACUUUUUCUUCAGCCACACGAUCAAGGCACAACCCGAGAACAUGGCGCUAUUGAAUGCCGUGCUGCAUCGCCGUGUCACUCUUAUCGACUACGAGUGCAUUACAGAGGAAAGUGGCAAGCGAUUAAUUGCUUUUGGAGGUAAUGCAGGUCGGGCAGGAAUGAUUACGGGCUUUCGAGGUCUUGGAGAACGCCUCAUUAAUAUGGGCAUCUCGACGCCUUUCGUAAACGUCGCAUCUGCUUACAUGUAUGCAGACUUGGAGCAUGCAAAAGACGCAGUGAAAGCUGUAGGAAGGAGGAUUAGUUUUGAUGGAUUGCCUGAGGAAUUGACGCCCAUGACAUUUGCCUUUACGGGCAAUGGGAAUGUUUCAAAAGGGGCACAGGAAAUCUUCAAGCUCAUGCCUCAUGAAAUGGUGCAUUCGUCCGAGCUAUCAAAGUUACCAAAGAACAAUCGAGUUUUGUACGGUACAGUCAUUGAUGAUCCGGAGUAUUUUGUGAAGCCUCAAGCAGGAUCCGGCGUGACAAAUUCACGCGCAAACUAUUACCAGAAUCCGCAUCAGUUUGAAGCUGCUUUCCAUGAAAAGGUGUUGCCAUACACUUCCAUGCUGGUAAACUGCAUGUACUGGGAUGAACGUUUCCCGCGAUUGAUCACGCGAGAACAGAUCCGUGAACUUCGAGGGGCUGGAAAUCAAAAGCUGCUGGGCAUAGCUGACAUUUCAUGUGAUAUUGGUGGCAGUAUCGAGUUUUUGGAACGCACCACAGAGAUUGAGCGUCCCUUUGCCCUGUACGACGUCGACGAAGACAAAAUGCGCGAUGAUGGAGAUAAUCGCGGGCUCGAAGGAAACGGUGUCAUGGUGAUGGGGGUUGAUAUUUUACCGAGCGAGCUGGCACGCGAGUCAAGUCAGCAAUUUGGCGACUGCUUGGUGGAAUAUGUCGCUGCACUAUCGAGCGCCUCCUCGUCCAAUGUUCCUCUGUAUGAACAGAAAAAUCUGCCAGCUGAGUUGCGUGGUGCUUGUAUUGCCAGCAAGGGCUUGCUGGCACCCAGGUAUGAGUACAUACAUCGCAUCUGUGCCGAGCGUGAGCGUAGCAAGCAGUACAAGUUCUUAGAUGCACAACAAGAGGUCGCUGGUAGUACGUGUCUUUUGCUUGAAGGGCAUCUCUUCGAUACGGGGCUCAUCAACCAGGUGCUCAACCUCAUCGAGCACCAUGAUGGUGGGUUUCACCUGGUGAACUGUGACGUGCGACCUAACGUUGGAGCUGAAAACAGUGCUAGCGACGCCAUCUCGAACGCCAUCGUUCAGAUCAGCAUGAAUGACCGUGACGCUCUGGAUGGAAUUAUCACGAAGAUUCGCUCGCUAGCUGAUCUCACUUCUGGAGCGAAUGCUACCGUCACUGAGCUACCUGACUUAUGUGGUACCAAUUUCUCACGAUCGCGUGGUGCAGUAGUGAGAAAGGAUGCAGCUGGGAACAUCUCAACUGAUGUAUCGGUCUCGAUCCCGAAGAAACGUAAGAUCGUGUGUUUUGGUGCUGGAUUGGUGGCAUCGCCGCUUGUGGAGUAUUUAUCUCGUGAACAAGGAUAUGAAGUGCAUGUGGUCUCGGGUCUUGAGAGCGAAGUGAAGGGCAUAGUGCGCAAAAUUGCACGCCGAAAUAUACGACCUCAUGUACUGAAUGUGGUGGAGGAUGCUGCCAGUGUUGACAAGCUCUGUGCAGAAGCCGAUUGCGUUGUGUCAUUAUUGCCGGCAUCUAUGCACACAGCCAUUGCUCAUCAUUGUAUUCAGCAUGCAACACCUCUUGUGACUGCUAGUUAUGUGUCGCCUGAAAUGAAAGAGCUGGACGCGAAGGCAAAAAAGUCCGGGAUUCCUAUUCUCUGUGAAAUCGGCCUCGAUCCUGGUAUGGAUCACAUGAGCGCAAUGAAGGUCAUUGAUGCAGUGAAGGCGCAUUCUGGAAAGAUCGUAUCGUUUUCAUCUGUGUGUGGCGGAUUACCAGCUCCGGAGGCAGCGGACAACGCCAUUGGUUACAAGUUUAGCUGGAGCCCGCGUGGCGUGCUAACAGCGGCGUUGAAUGCAGCCCAAUAUCGCAAAAAUGGUGAAGUCGUCAAUGUAGUCGGCGAAGACUUGCUUAACAGAAGUGAACGCGUGAAGUUUUUGCCCGCACUAAACAUCGAGCAGAUUCCAAACCGAAACUCGCUUCCGUACGGGAAAAUUUACGGCAUUCCAGAGGCACAUUCAUUGUAUCGAGGUACUCUACGCUACGGCGGUUGUUGUCAAAUUUUGUACCAGCUACGAAAGCUGGGACUCUUUGAUAUGGAUCCUUCCAAGCCCAUCCCGGCCACCUGGCCAGACCUUCUCAAGCAGUUGGGUGGACUGCAAGGGCUUCGUGAAGACGCCCAUGGGUUUCUCCAGUGGCUUGGCGCCUGUCAUCAUGAUACACCUAUGGUCAAAGCUCCUUCUAUUCUUGAUGCUUUCUGCGCCCUAUUGCAGGACAAGUUGUCAUACCAGCCUGGGGAACGCGACAUGGCCAUCAUGCACCAUGAGUUCGGCAUCGAGUACGAAGACGGCAAAAAGGAGAAGCGUACAUCGACGUUCGUGGGCUACGGCUCCGAGAAAGGUGACACAAUCAUGGCCAAGACUGUUGGCUUGAGCGCGGCUAUUGGAGUGCAGCUGAUUUUGCAGGAUGCAGUCCAAAAUCGCGGUGUGCUUACCCCGACAACCCCUGAUAUCUACAACCCGGCUUUAGCGCGACUUGAGGUCGAGGGUGUGCGAUUUAUUGAGAAGUCAUUUCCGCAGCAUUGA